CCUCACUCCAAAGCACUUGUUAUCUUAAACCCCUUUGCUCCCCACUCGCCCCUACUCCCUCUCUCUCAGUCUUCAGAGCUCCAACAACUGCCCCUGCAGUUCUGCUCUUCCCAAUGAGUACACUCUCUCUCCCAAUCAGUAUUUCCUUCUGCCCAAACAGCCUCUCCAUCCAAUUCCAAUCCCAACACAGACGCCAGAGAGUCACUUUUCCCAGAAAAGUAAAGAUUAUAUGCUCGGGUACAGAGCAACCGCAACAACCACCACCACGACAACAAUACUCCAAAAAGAAGAACGUGACAGAGGGUGAGAAAGGGGUCGACCCAGUUGGGUUCCUCACCAAACUCGGCAUUUCCCAUAAAGCUUUCGCUCAGUUCCUCCGCGAAAGGCAUAAGGCGUUGAAGGACCUCAAAGAUGAAAUUCUCAAACGUCACGUCAACUUCAGGGACAUGUCUACUGGAUAUGAGAUAUUGGGCAUGCAUCGCCAUGUGGAACAUCGGGUGGAUUAUCUGGAAUGGGCUCCAGGUGCUCGCUAUUGUGCACUGGUUGGUGAUUUCAACGGGUGGUCACCAACAGAGAAUUGUGCAAGAGAGGGUCAUUUCGGCCAUGAUGAUUUUGGAUACUGGUUCAUUAUACUUGAAGAUAAGUUGAGGGAGGGAGAAAAGCCAGAUGAACUCUAUUUCCAACAGUAUAAUUAUGUUGAUGACUUCGAUAAAGGUGACAGUGGUGUUACCAUCGAAGAGAUCUUCAAGAAAGCAAACGAUGAGUACUGGGAACCCGGAGAGGAUCGAUUUGUUAAAAACCGUUUUGAGGUGCCAGCAAAGCUAUAUGAGCAAAUAUUUGGUCCUAAUGGACCACAAACUUUAGAGGAAAUGGAAAAAAUAAUGGAAGAAACACCAGAUCCAGAAACUAGACACAAGGCAUGGAAAGAACAGCAUAAAAAUGACCCACCUAGUAACUUACCACCUUUUGAUGUGAUUGAUAAUGGAAAAGAGUAUGACAUUUUUAAUGUGGUCAGUAGUCCUGAAUGGUUAGAGAAAAUUCGCGCCAAGAAACCUCCCUUGGCAUACUGGUUAGAGACACGUAAAGGAAGGAAGGCAUGGUUGAAAAAGUACACUCCAGGUAUUCCUCAUGGAAGCAAAUACAGGGUCUAUUUUAACACUCCGAGUGGACCAUUGGAACGAGUGCCUGCUUGGGCUACUUAUGUGCAGCCAGACACAGAUGGAAAGCAAGCUUAUGCAAUCCACUGGGAACCACCCCCUGAAUGUGUAUUUAAAUGGAAAAACAAACACCCAAAAGUGCCAAAGUCCUUGCGCAUAUAUGAAUGCCACGUUGGAAUAAGUGGAUCAGAACCAAAAAUUUCUUCUUUUAAUGAUUUUACAGAGAAGGUCCUUCCCCAUGUAAAAGAAGCUGGAUACAAUGCAAUCCAGUUGAUUGGAGUCAUUGAGCACAAAGAUUAUUUUACUGUUGGUUAUAGAGUGACUAACUUUUAUGCUGUUAGUAGUCGAUAUGGCACUCCUGAUGACUUUAAGCGCUUGGUUGAUGAAGCACAUGGACUAGGACUGUUGGUGUUCUUAGAGAUAGUCCAUUCUUACUCAGCUGCAGAUGAGAUGGUUGGAUUGUCACUAUUUGAUGGGUCAAAUGACUGCUACUUUCAUACUGGAAAGCGAGGGCACCACAAAUACUGGGGUACAAGAAUGUUCAACUAUGGCGAUCCUGAUGUGCUACAUUUUCUUCUCUCAAACCUGAACUGGUGGGUGGUGGAGUAUCAAAUUGAUGGUUUCCAGUUCCAUUCACUCUCAUCGAUGAUGUAUACCCACAAUGGUUUCGCUUCUUUUACUGGCGACUUGGAGGAGUACUGUAAUCAAUAUGUUGACAAGGAUGCAUUAUUGUACCUCAUUUUGGCAAAUGAGAUACUGCAUUAUCUCCAUCCACAUAUAGUAACAAUUGCUGAAGAUGUGACCGUUUAUCCAGGAUUGUGCGAGCCUCCUUCCCAAGGAGGAUUGGGAUUUGAUUAUUAUGUUAAUCUUUCUGUGCCAGAGAUGUGGUCUUCUUUUCUUGAAAAUGUCCCAGACCAUGAAUGGAGCAUGAGUAAGAUUGUGAGCACAUUAAUGAGGAACACACAAUAUGCAAAUAAGAUGCUUAUGUAUGCCGAAAAUCACAAUCAAUCCAUAUCUGGAGGGCGAUCAUUCGCAGAAAUAUUGUUUGGUGAAAUUGGGGAGCAUGCUCAGUGCUCAAAAGAAUCGUUGCUUAGAGGGUGCUCCUUACACAAAAUGAUCAGAUUGAUUACAUUUACAAUUGGUGGCCGUGCUUACUUGAACUUCAUGGGCAAUGAAUUUGGGCAUCCAAAGCGGGUUGAGUUUCCAAUGCCAAGCAACAAUUUCUCAUUCCAACUGGCUAACCGUCGUUGGGAUCUUUUGGCAAAUGGAUUGCAUUGUGAUUUAUUUUGUUUCGACAAGGAUUUGAUGAAGUUGGAUGAAACCGAGAAAAUACUUUCAAGAGGUUUACCGCUCAUUCACCAUGUGGAUGACAAUACUAUGGUAAUAUCUUAUAUGCGAGGUCCUUUUCUCUUCGCCUUCAAUUUUCAUCCGACAAAUUCUUAUGAAAGAUACAACGUAGGUGUUGAGGAAGCUGGAGAGUAUCAAGUAAUACUAAAUACUGAUGAAACGAAGUAUGGAGGUCAAGCACUCAUGAAGGAUGACCAGUAUCUUCGGAGAACAAUUAGCAAAAGAAUCGAUGGCCUACGGAACUGCUUAGAAGUGUCUCUGCCUAGUCGGAGUGCCCAGGUUUAUAAAUUAAGUCGGAUCUUAAGAGUAUAACCAAUUUUCACUCUCAGAAAGCAAUUUGCACGGCAGAUUUCUAAGUAUGUUUGUGGUUGUUUUUGGAGGAAAGCACAGAACCUGCCAAGUCUCCAUCCGUUUGUGGUUGCUUUUGGAAGUACGAAACCACUGGUGUUUAGUAUUAUUACUCCUGGAAGCUUUGCUUCAUUGAUAUGAUAUCGAUCUUAUAUCUAUCCAAGUUUACACAGAAUGAUGGUCAUGCAGCAUAUGGAGAAAUGGGUGCUUUGGAACAUAAGGAUUGGAGUUUUCAUUGUGUAUGAAAUGGUAAAUGAGGUAGGUCUGAAUUCAAGAUGUAGUAUUUGAGUGGUAGACAUUGGAUAGGAAGUUUGUAAUACAAGAAAGACAACAUUGAAGAGAGAGAAGCACGCAAGGACUUGUUUUGGAUAGAACACAACCUUUUUCUAAUGCAUGUAUCAAUUCACAACUUUUUGUUAAUAUAUA